AUGCGACGGUGUAUGGCUCGUCACAAGGGCCUACCGGUCGACUGGAAGACAAAGGCGCGGCGGAGCGUGCAGCGACUGGUGCGGCGCUACGUCCCCGACCCUCGCGAUGACCCGCUGACGGAAGUGCCAAUGAACGCGGAGACGUACAAGAAAACAUACCUACAGCAAGAGGGUGGCGUGCGCGUCGGCAUCCGCCCCGGUCAGUCGAUCGAAGACUACAUGGCAGAGCGAGACAAGAAGUGGUUGGAGGAACAGAAGCUGACCACAAGCCGGCUCGUGGAGGAACAGCAGCUUCCCACUACGCGUGAUGGCCAACUCUUCGCAGGCACCGGAACGCGCGAGACGUACAUGGACAUUGAUCACGCCAACAAGCUGGUCAAGUCACCGAAGCCGGACGACUAUGAGGCAGAUGAGGAACUUCUCUUGAUGCGGCGACAAUUACAGGUUGAGAAUGAGGCUGAAUACCGUAAGUUUGUCGCGGAGGCGAAGCGUUCUGAAAUGUCGUUGGAGGAGACGCAAAAACGGCGGCGUCCUCAUCCGAGUGAUCCAAAUUACGAUCCGUUCAAGAUAACACCAGGCUACAGGCCGCAGGAUAGCGUCGCACUCGCCCAGUGGUUGAAGCGGCAGCGCGAGUCGGGCAAGACGGCGAGCGGAUUAUCACUGCAGACAAAGGAGGGCCAGGAGCGCUUCUACAAUGAGGAAAAGAUGGCGACGCAGUUUCACGCCAACCCCUUCUCCGCGCGGGUAGAGGAGCCGCGGGGAAUGUCAAAGAUGCGCGUCACGGCGUACACGCCCGACAGUAUCUUUGUCAACGACAAGGAGGUGAUCGGCUCCUGCAUCGUCACCGACAAGGCGUAUUACCACUGGAAUGUCAGCAGCUUCGAGGAGGUGAAUGAGCGGACCAUGGCAUUACUGCUGCAUCUGUACCCGGUGCCGGAUGUCAUAUUCUUAGGUACUGGCCGAAACCUGCACUUUAUCGACGAGGAGCUGCGCAUUGCCUUUCAGAAGCGCGGCUCCAUCAUUCACUGCCUUACCACACCGCAGGCAUGUGGCCACUUUGGCGUACAGCUGUCCGUGUCACGCCGUGCCGCCCUCGCUGUCAUUAACCCAAUUCCCACCAACGGCUACGGUGUUGAGUGCUUUGGCGACUUCGUCGAGAACGACAUGUUCUCCCUCUCUGACACGCAGCUUGGCAUCCCACCCAUCAAGCAGUUCUCAUCGGCGAUGUUCAAGCCGAACAAGGUGGCGGAGCAGUACCGCCACAUGCAGGGCACCGGCAUCGGCCCCAAGUACCACCAGAUGAGCGACGGCCGGCUGGUGCGCCCUGGCACGAGCGGUACAAAGCUGCGCCCUCUGCUCGAGCCUGGUGAGGAAGUGCAAUGGGAGCGGCUGCCGUCGUAUUACCACUGGUACCCCAAGGAGCACUUGCACGACUACAUUGAGAACACCACAAUGCGCGAGAUACAGGGGAAGCCUACUGGCGACCCGACAGAAAGGCGCCUAUACCAGGCGAUGCGCGGUGGCAAGUCGGACAAAAAGGAGGCCCCCGCGCCGGAGCUCGCGCCGUGGGACUCCGCGUCGAUUCCCAUUACGAAGUUCCCACACGAGCGCAACGACGAGGAGAUUGUCGUGGAGGACCCCAAAACGGGUCGCAUCAUCGGCAUGGACCGCGACACGUACGAGAGGUGGCGUGUCAUGAUGCAAGAGCGGCGUGAGGGCAAGCCGGAGAGCGACCCUGUCGAGUACGACCAGGAGCGGUUCGUCACCAACAAGGACGGCGUUGUGUUUGACCUGUCCAAGAUGAAAUACCGACCCAUCUUUGAGGGUCGCUGGAACCCGCGACGCCCGCAGAGCACUGGCAGGACUAACCCCAUCAUGACAUAA